AUGGCCCCAGGCACAAUCUCGCCGGACGGCACCGGGAGUGGCGGCGCAGCCGGUGGUGGCGUCCUCAGAGAGGACACCCGAGCGACGGAUCCUGGACACAGCCCUGGUGCCGGCCAUGCCGCCACCAACAAUGGGGUUGGGAGGAAGUUGCUUGGUGUUGUGUAA